AUGAAUUCAGAUCAGGGAAAGCUAUUCAUUGGGGGGAUUUCUUGGGAAACCUCAGAGGAUAAGCUGAAGGACUAUUUUGGGAACUAUGGUGAGGUCUUGCAGGCAGUUGUGAUGAAAGACAAGCUAUCUGGUAGACCCAGAGGUUUUGGGUUUGUGGUCUUUGCAGAUCCUUCAGUACUUGAUCGGGUUCUUCAGGACAAGCACAACAUAGAUGGUCGGACGGUUGAGGCUAAGAGGGCCUUAUCAAGGGAGGAACAGCAGACCUCCAAAUCUACCAACUUUAGUACUGGUAGAAACUAUGGAGGCGGUGGAAAUUUGAGAACCAAGAAAAUAUUUGUUGGGGGAUUGCCUGCCACUUUGUCUGAGGAUGGAUUUCGUCAGUAUUUUGAAGCUUACGGUAAUGUAGUUGAUGUAGUAGUCAUGUAUGACCAGCAGACCAACCGGCCUCGUGGUUUUGGAUUUAUUUCCUUUGAUGCUGAAGAUGCUGUUGAUAGGGUUUUGCACAAAACAUUUCAUGAUUUAAAUGGUAAGCAAGUGGAAGUGAAGCGGGCUCUUCCUAAAGAUGCCCACACUGGUGGGGGAGGCCGUUCGACGGGGGUGGGUGGUGGUUCUGGCGGUGGAAGUUAUCAGGGUUAUGGUGCUUCUGGGGGCAAUUCUAGUUCUUAUGAUGGUCGAGUGGAUUCCAAGUACAUGCAGUCUCAGAGUACUGCAGGCGGGUUUCCGCCUUAUGGUUCUUCUGGAUACAGCACUCCUGGUUAUGGGUAUGGUCCUGCCAGCAACGGGAUUGGUUAUGGUGGCUAUGGCAAUUAUGCUGGUGCCAAUCCUGGGUAUGGUGGCCCUGCUGGGGCAACCUAUGGAAACCCCAAUGUCCCUAAUGCUGCUUAUGGAAGUGGUCCACCAGGUGCACGAAAUUCUUGGAGCAAUCAUGCUCCCUCUGGAUAUGGUAGUACGAGCUAUGGGAAUGCUCCUUGGGGUGCUCCUAAUGCCAGUGGCGGUGGCCCUGGUAGUGGUGCUCCUGUGUCAGCACCCACAGGUCAGUCCCCAAGUGGAGCUGCUGGGUAUGGAAAUCAAGGGUACGGUUAUGGUGGGUAUGGAAGAAAUGAUGCAUCUUAUGGAAAUCCAGCUUCUUAUGGUGCUGUUGGAGGGCGACCAGGGAGUGGCCCAAACAAUAGUGCUUCUGCUGGAGGUGGUGCGGGGGUAGAGCUACAAGCUAGUGCUGGGGGAUACAUGGGAGGUAGCUAUGGUGAUGCCUCUGGAAAUUCAGGGUAUGGAAAUUCAGGAUGGAGAUCUGACCCCUCACAAGCUUCUGGGAAUUAUGGAGCUCAGGCAAAUGGACCUCAUGGUGGACAAGUCGGAUAUGGGGGUGGCUAUGGUGGUGCUCCAAUUCGACAGGCUCAACCGCAGUGACUUGGAUGACGUGUCCAUCUGGGAUUUCAUCUUUGUUCUGAGAACAUGCAGUUGAUGCUUCCUCGGCGGAAUAGGCCUCUUGCAGGAAUUCAUCCAUACUAAUGGGCCUGGUUGAGUUGCUUGAAUCCAAGUAGUUUGAAGAGAGAUGCUCGAGUUCUAAGGUGAAGUGUCCACACACGGCUAAAUACAAGCUUCGUGCUGAGGUUUGUGUGGAAUGGAACUUAAAGUGCGAGUGGGCUGAAUUUCCAUCAUGCAUUAGCCUGGGACUGGUCAUGCUGCAGACAGGGCAUGCUGAUGCUGUCAAACUGAAAUUUUGUUAUCUUCACAAGUUAUGGUGGGAUGGAGUUUCCAAGCCAAACAGCAUGUGGUACGUCGAGUAGAGCAGUUAGAUUUCACUUUAUAAUUUCACUGUGACCUAGCUAUUCAGGCUGCUUAUUAAUUUUAUUGGUAAGAGUUAAACGUUGGAAAGUUCUUAAUGGUACAAGAACACUGCUCAAAGUAAUUGAAGAAUUCCCGUUUUCACCUUUAAAAUGUUUUCAGUGGAUUUGAGCAUGUUAGGGGAGAUGUCCUCCUGUUUACACAGUAUAUGAAGCUUGUCAUGAAUAGGGCAAAUUCUGCAUUGUCUUCAGUCCCAUUUAAUUGUCCGUUGCCAGAUGAUAAUGACGAUAAUAGGAUAUCAUUUUUGCCA